UCGCGGUCGCGGAGUUGUUACACUCCGGGAACUACAGAAACUGUUGACUCGAGGACUGCUCGAGGACUGUACAGUAUCGUCGAAAAGUUGGAAAAGGUUCGUCCCACUCGGAUGGAUGAAUCUGGUAGUUAAUUCUUAGUUAAUUUACGGAAUGGUAAUGGAAAAACUCUGUGAAACAUACAAAACCUUCAGCAGAUGAAGCUAAAUUAUAUAUCGGUUGCUUAAACAAUAGAAAACAAGGAAACUACACGGUGAUCCGUUGCUGUCUGAGUGAUUCCAUCAUUCGUUUGCGACUUAGUCUUCCAAACACGAGAACUCGAUCUCGCCGAAGUGUCGAUGUUUGUCCGUAAGGGGUUCGGAAUAGAUACGCACCUUGAUCCACAUGGAGAGAUCAGUCAAUCGGAGUGUCGUAAACGUUUCGUUCAGAUACAUUUUCAAUCCAGCCGCCAGAGGUGCCAAUUCGGACGCUAUGUUACAAUUCUCGGAGGACGCGCCGACGAAGAUCGCGUAGUCGCAUCUAGCGUUGCUCUGGGCUCGCUGAAAAGUCGAGAGACAGCAUUUCAAAUCGAACGGUUGGCAAACGAAGCGUCGCGAGCCUGUUUACCUCCUUGGCCAACGCGAAGGACUGAUGAUCGACGACCGCCGGAUUCGUGUUGGGCAUCGCGAAAAUCAUCGUGAUGCCUCCGGCGAGCGCAGCGGCGGUGCACGAAGCGAAAUCCUCUUUGUAAAUCGCGCCAGGAUCGCGCGUAUGCACGUGGACGUCGAUAAAACCAGGGAGUUUAAUCAUCGUCCGCGAAGACACGCAGUCUGUGUGCGUUGUCAUGCGAGGUGCGUGUCCGUUCAGCAUUCUCAUGGCCUGCGUAACAGCCUCUAUUUAGUACAGUAUCUCUUGAUUUCCGCGCGUUCGAAACGAAUGCGUUAUCGUCGGUUAUCCAACAAUGGUGCACGCAUCGUUGCAUCGCAUGUGAAAACGCACCGCUCGACGGUUUCUCCGAUACAGCGGUUAAUUCGAAGUGGUCCGUCGAUCGAAUCAAGUGGGGAUCACGUUGGCACGCGAUCGUUAGGGUUAAAAACGCUUCGAUGGAAUUCUCGACGCAUUAAUAAUCGACAUUACAAGAUAAAAUUCGUGUCGGUGAUAAGCCUGAGUAAGAAGCAUAACGUAACGCGGCGAAUUCCAAUCGUUUGAGAACAUUCGGCGAACACGUAUCGAACCGCAGUAAACUUUGCCCCCGUGUCCCAUACUCACCUCGACCAGCAAUUUCGCGCAUUUCACAUCCGUGAUCAGGGGAACCGAAUAAUCGAUGGCCAACCUCCUCAUACGAUAUCCGUGCGUCAUGAAAUUGGAAACGCGACGUACACCCCCGUUCCGUAUCGGUAAAUUGAUUAUAAGAUCGAACUGCUUCUUCGAGAGGAAAUCGGCUAGAUGCCGGAGCUCGCUCGGACUGGAAUCUUCGUUCACGGUGAUAUCUUCGAAGGUCCAUUGCACCGGUUCAACCUGCAAUUAAAUAGAUUUUUCUUUCGAAGCUGGUUCUUACGGGGCUCGUUCUCCUAUUUCGAAGCACAUAUUAUUUGUUGCCGGCCGAUUAGGUCGCGUUAUCGUUUAGAGAGUCGCUUAUCGCCGCUACGUUCAUAGCUGUAUAGUUUCUAUACAAAACAGUCGAUAACGAUCACCCGCGUAUCGCUUUAUAAUCAAUCGAACUAUGUAUAACUAGAUAAGGCGAGGUACCGUUGGAAGAAUCACAGGAACGUAGAAUAAAUUGAUUGAUGUACCAUCAAUUAAGAACACGUUCCGUUUGAUUUAUUCGACGAUUUUCCGUUAACGCCAUUAACGGACGCGUUAAGAAGAGGAUCGCGAAUGGAAAAAGUCGUACACGGAAUGCGAGAACGAUUACGAUCCCCGAGUUAAUUUUCAUUUCGCCCGAUGAAAAGCUUUCGAUAAGCGGGCAUUGUUGUCAUCCUCGUCGGUGACCAGGCUCUCGAAAUCGUUAUCGCGCGGGCUAUGCCUCAAUCGCGCUGUAGCAUAAUCGAGCAGUUAACAGAAGAAUUUUUCGUGCGCGGUUUAUUUGUCGAUAGCCGAUAUCGAAGUACCGAUUAAAACCGUUCUGCCUCCUAGCUCGAUCAUCAGAUACGUAGCGGGCUUUUAUCAGCCGCGGUACCCUGAAACUGGAUUACUGUUUCGUGGAUGAACGUCGAGUACGCGUCGUUUAGUGCUGCGCGAACCAUGUUCGCGGACGUUCGAUUCUCCUCGAGGGGAUUGAACCAACGAAUUUGACUGUCUUUCUCGACGGGACACCGCCACGCGGGCGAGUUACGUGAAUACAACUGUUUUUGGUGAAACGGAGGACGUGCAAUGGGAAGUUCCGGGUCGAAGGGCAAGAAGGGGUUGCGAGAGAAAAAGCACACGCAAGCGUCACACGACAGUGACUACGAGGACAUAGAGCUGCUUCUGCUUAGGAAAACGAUUCAGAGGGACCCGGAGGGCUUCGUGCUGAACAAUCUAAUGCUAUGCGUCCAGUUCUUCAAGAAUUACGAGGAAAUCGAAGCGGUGAAGGGGACUUUAGUGUCGACGCUCGAGGUGGAGCUGAACAAACGCAUGCCACCGCAGAAGCAUGUUCUCCUACCGGACGUUCUCCAAGAAUGCGUCGCGAGGAACGUCGGAUUCACGUCGACGAGGCAGACGUUUCGUCCUAUCACCGAGCCACUGCUGCCGGUACGAAUUUACACGGUCCACGACAACGUCGACAUCACAGAAGACAACUUGCUGCCGCACUACAGCAGCAUGAACGAUUCGAUCAUGUACAAUAUGCUGCUGCAAACCACGGAGCACGAAGGGUACAUUCAGCUGCAGCUUGUCGAAGAAUCCGGACUGUCGACGAACGGUUCAAAGGAAGAUGAUCUGUCGUCGAUCGCGGAGGACGACGACGAAUUCUACAGUGACGGCGACAGCGUGUACUGUGUGAAGCCGCGCAACGACCUGAUGAUAGCCCAACGAUCGCGACAAAGGACACCGAUAGCGUCCAUAAACGGAUCCAUGAACGGGUCCAGCAGGUCGUUGCCUAACCUGCUCGCAGAGGAUGAAAUCCUGUACGAGGAGAGGCGAGCGCUCAGUAACUCGAAUCGUAACUUGCGAAACGUCGCCGAGACCGAUUACGAGAACGCCUCCUCCUCCCACGAGAAGCAACGGAACCUUAAUAAAAAAUCAUCGUUCAGGGAAGAACCGGUGAAAGGAGACCGUCGCCGGUACGAGAAACACUCGCCGCGAGUGAAGACGCUAGGGUCCGCCAAUCAGAGUCAUUCCAGUAGCAUAAGCUCCGGUUAUCGGUCCGAUAAUUAUGCGAUGGACAGCGAUAGUAGUUACAAUCCCACCCAAAAUUCCAGGCUCGAACGAAGUUCGACCGACGAGGGGAUAGAGGAAAAUUGUAUAAUGACCGGCAAGUUGCCGAGUCGUUGCUUCAAGCGAGUCACGUACACGGCGGACGGGAAAAUUUACGAUCCGCAGGAUGAGAAGAAACCUUUGUUGAACAGCAGACAACGGAGGAUCAAGCAGGUUCUGAAUCGUCACAAUUACGAUGUGAGUUACAUCAGCAGCACCAUGUUCAUGGCGCACUUCAAGAAGAUGUUUCGGCAACGAUUGGCCGCCUGCCUAGGCCUCGAUCGGGAAUCCGUGCAGGAAUUGAAAUCCAUGGGAUGCGUGAUCCACUGCGACAGAGUUUUCUUCUCGAAAACUUCCACGCACAGCCGGGUCGUGCAGUACGAGAUCGUGCCGGCCUUUUGGUUGCAGUGGCCUGAGUGCGCUCAGGAAUGGCUGGACCGACCGCGGAGCACAUGGCCCGACUACGAUGACAUCGAGAAGAUCAAAACCUCCGGAUGUUACGUGGUCCCGGAGGGAUUCAUGUCGAGAGACAAUAAGAACCCUAGCAAGGACAUCGAGUGGCAGCUGAUCUUCCCGGCCGCGGAACGGUACCUCGAAACUUGUAUGACCUGGACUCAAACGCAGGUCUAUUUGGUCGCGCUGAUGCUGCACAAGACUUUUAUGAGACCGAUCUCGGACAGCCUGUAUGGCCUGACGACCGGUCAGAUCAAGCACAAGCUUUUCUGGUUGAUAGAGGAAAACGAUAGACCGUCCAAGUGGCCUGGCACCAGAAUGGGCGAUUGUUUGAUGACAUUGCUCAAUUCCCUUUACUACAGCACGAGCCUAAACGAGCCGACGCUCAGGGAUUACUUCGUCAGAGGCAGGAAUCUGUUUCAGUGGGCGCAGAACGGCCACCUGCUCUACACACAGAAACAACUGAAACGUAUCAUCGAGAACCCGGUGAUGUACGUCAUCUACGCACUGCAGAACAUUCGAUACGGCGAUAACUUCUUCCCGCGAUUAGAUUUCGAGAUGCUGGUGCAAAUAUUAACGGAGGACACGCUGGCUCUGAUCAAUCCAGCGCUUAGAACGCAAGUCCCUAAGUCGAUGCCGCAAUCGAAUCAAGACGCUGCUAGGCAGGACGAGAAAUAUCAUAGAACUUCGUUCUGGGACAACGCCAAGAAACAAGAAAUGAAACACACCGCUCGGGUGGUCAACAAUAAAACGCUGAUCUGUCGACGCAACCCUACGGAUUCUAUCGUCGAAAUCUCGAUACGCUGUGCCGAGUUGGAGGAUACGAGAUUAUGCGUUCUACUAGACUUCUUCAUACGACACUUCAUUAGAAUAGCCGAGCGAUGCAAUCAGUACGGAGCUGGUCGACAAAAAACACUCUACCUCGAUCACGCCGAUCGUUUGUCCAUCAUCCUCUUCGAACACCAAGCGUACAAGGACGACGCUAGAAGUUAUCGCGACAAGAUCAAAGUUCUCCGAAAGAAGAACCUUGGCACACGCUCUCAAAGCGACGCGCCCGAAACACCGAAGAGAAAUCCGGAAUCGGCGAUGUUCGCAGCACCGUUGAGAAAUCGUUUUAGGAGAACGUCUGUGGAGACGUCUAGGUCUGCGCAGAGCAAUGAAACGUUGUCGGGUACGGAGGACGUGCAAUCGAAACGGUCGGAUCAAAGUACCGCCGACCAACGGAACACCACGAAAGUGAUGGUGCACGGAACAGAGAAAGAAGAUUCGGUAGAGCAGGCUUCGACCAGUACUACGUCGCCUCAGGUUUUACCGGUGAAGAAAGCGAAAGAUAGGUCUGGCCAGGUUGUCAAGUUUGUAGAAUCGAGCGACUCUGAGACGAAUGAUUCUACAUUUAUAUAAGGAACUGUCCUUAUCAGCGCGAGAAGGAACGAACUGUUCCUUCGUCGCUAAAAUAAAUAUGAACAUUAGGAGCAAGUUAACGCAGUAAUUUAUUACCGUUUAACGUUAUUUAUACUUGGAAAAGACUGAAAGCGUUUCGCUAUCCCGUGGACUAGUAGAACGCAUCCAUUCGAAAGAAAUAAUUAAAGUAAUUUAAACAUUGACAUCUGCUUGUAACCCGAAAUACAAGUAUUUGAAUACAAUUUACCAUUGUAAGAGUGCGCAUGAUUACGCAACAAUUCUUUCUUCACUUACCUCGACUCCAUGCUCGGUGUAAAAAUCUGCGGUUCCCAUGCUCGCGUACAAUUUGUAUCCCAUCUUACGGAGGGAGCGAAUAGAUGGCAGUAAUUCCAUUUUAUGCUGAAAACCGACGCACGAGUUCAGUGGAUUGUAUAGUUGAACGUUGUACGUAGUUAGACGAUAAGACGAUUGUACCUUGAAACUUCCGAUAGAGAGUAAGAUUCCUUUCUGCGGUAUGUGAAAGCCAGUGCUCAUCAUUCCCUUGAGAUAAGCUUCGAACCGAUUGUCACCGAAACAAGCCACUUCACCGGUAGAAACCAUCUCGACACCCAACAUCACGUCAGCGCCUGUUAUAUAAUAUGUAUAUAAAUGUAACCUACCAAUCAAUUGUAUUAUAAAUAUCGUAUCAUACCUGCGAGUCUCGAGAAUGAGAACUGCGGCACUUUAACGCCGACUUUGCCGCAUCCGGCGAGAACGUCCACAGGAUCGACGGACUCUCCGACGAUCAGUCGAGUGGCCAUAGCCACGAAAUCGUGGUCCAAGGUUUUCGAAACGAAAGGGAACGAUCUGGAGGCUCGGACGUUGCACUCGAUCACUUUCAACUCGUUGUCCUGUCCGGAUGUAAACACGAGUAAAACCGUUUAACCCCUUGACCUAUGAUCCCUUUCUCAAUUGUGAUCGAUCUAACUACUUUGUUAUUAAUGAUUAAUCGAAACUAAGAGAAAUAUCCAUUUCUAUUCUAUGUCAACGUGUGCUCUAAGGUACAAUCAUUGACAACAGCGGAAUAAUAUGCAAUUUGCCUUCAAACAGAUUGAAUAAUAUUUAUGUUUGUUAAAUUCUGUUUGGAAUCUUUACCGCGAGUCUGACACGAUAUUGUAGGGCAAGGGGUUAACUUGGUUAUUGUUGGCGCUUAAAGGCGCUUUGAAAAAUUUGGUUUUGAUUGUUAUCAUCGUCUAUAGGCGUCCGUAAAAUGUUAUCGACAAUAUUUGCAGCAAAGCUAACUUAGAUCAGACGUAAGUGAAUUCUAAUCCAACGAUUACGUAAUCGUUAGCUAUACAUUAUAUAAAUAUGAUUAUUUUAUAUUAAAAAUGGUUCGUCAUUCGUCGAACAAC